AUGAGUACCCUUGAACUAUUUCGUGUUCUUGGUGAAGAUGCUAACCGGAAGCCGUCGCCACCAAGGCAUAUUUUAAAGAAGCGUAAAGCAUCGCAAGCUCCGAGGGUUCAGAGGUAUUGGCCGGGAAAAGCUCCAGAGUAUGGAAACGAUGAUGAAUCUCUUAGUGAAAACUCAGAUGAUGAUUAUCAACAAUCUACGACUCUUGUAGAAACAGAACCGGAUCGUAGGAUCCUUAGAUACAACACAACAAAAGUUGAAGAAUCGGUGGAUAUAAGUGAACGUAUUAAGAGCAGAAGGGCUCAGGUGGAGACUAUAAUCAUUACAGAAGCAAACACCAAACCAGAGGUUGAGGAGAUAAAGGUAGAACAAGAGCCUGUAAAUUUGAAUGAAAGGGAAAAUAAUAGGCUUUUGAUGAGACAACGUGCUCUAGAAUAUCGCAAAAAAGAAGAAGAAACCCUGAUAAGAAAAGUAUCAGAUAGUGAAAGUGAUGAAGAUGAAGACGAUUUGGACCAUUACAAUGACGACGUUCAUGAGUCAAGUUCCCUUCCAAUGACAAAACCUGUAUUCGUUCCAAAAAAUAAGAGAUUAACAGUCAUAGAAAAGGAAGAGAUUAAGAAAGAAGAACAAGAAAAGAUAGAAAAUGAAAAGAAACGACUAAUGGAAAGGAAAAAUCAGACAAAGGAGCUCCUUGUAAAAAAACUAGCUGAAGCUGAAUAUCAAGAAGACGAAGAAAAGGAAACGGAACUUAUUGAUGAUACGGAUACACUUGACGAAAAAGAAUACGAGCUAUGGAAAAUCCGAGAACUAAAGAGGAUAAUUAGAGAUCGUGAAGAAAGAGAUGCACAUAGAAAACUGGAGGAAGAAAUUGAGAGAAGACGUAACAUGACAGAAGAGGAACGUGAAAAGGAUAACGAAAUAAUAGAUGCUGGAAAAGUCAAGGUUGAAAGAGGAAAAUUGAGAUUCUUGCAAAAGUAUUACCACAAGGGUGCAUUCUUUAUGGAUAAACUCGACGAUAAAUCAGAACCUCUUUAUGCCAGAGAUUUUAACGCUCCAACUGCAGAGGAUUGUAUAGACAAAUCGCUACUUCCCAAGGCUAUGAGGGUUAGGAGAGGUUUAUUUGGAAAGCAAGGACAAGUUAAGCAUACCCAUCUGGCAGAUGUCGACACCACAAAUCACGAUAUGCCGUGGAGUAAACCUUUGAAAAAAUUUACACCAGCAGGUACAAAACAACAAUUUGACAGACCUUCCAGGAAGGCACUAUAAUACAAGGAUUUCUACAGUAUCUACGGAAACUAUAGACUCUCCACAAUGUAUUUCUAUACCACGAACAUUGCAUAGUCCUUUGAUAAUUUUGUUUUAAUAGCUUUAAACUUACCAUUGGAUGU